UGUAUAGACACAGCUGGCAGAUCUUCAUUUCUUCUUUCAUAAUCCACCCCCUAAAUGAUGCCCUGAAAUGUCAAAAUGCCCCAUAUCUCUCUCUCUCUCUCUCUUCCAUCACCAUUAUUACACCCCCCAAUAGCUCUGAAUCUGAAUAUCUUUAAUUCAAAUCCCCAUUCUCCAUACAUACUCUCAUCUAGAUCUAGGGCUCCCUUCAUUAUCUUAAAAACCCCUAUAUAUCUACAAACCUUACAAAAAAACACCUCCCAAAAUCAAAAUCCCUCUCCAAAUGAUUCCCCAAUGGCUAAGAUCACCAAGCAGGGCAGCAACAACAAACCCCACAAAGUCACCUUCCCAUUUCUCUUUCUCUUCAUUCAAAGACAUUGAUGCUAUCCUCAAAGAAGAAGAAGAACAACAAGUCCUCUAUCCUCAAUCCCCUAAAAGAUCCUCCAUUUUCCACCGUGUCAAGCUCUCCACCACCGUCUUACGCGCCUGGUCCUCCUCCAACCGCCGUCCACUUACUCUCCCCAACGCUGACCAACGCGUCGUUGUUUACCUCACCAGCCUCCGUGUCGUUCGAAAAACCUUUGAAGAUUGCAAGACCGUUCGAUCAAUCCUUAGAGGACUCAAUGUUCCCAUCGACGAACGAGAUGUGUCAUUGGAUUCUAGUUUCUUAGACGAGUUACAAGGGAUCAUUGGGCGUAACAAAAGUUUCACCCUUCCCUUGGUUUUCAUCGGCGAAACGUAUAUCGGCGGAGCAGAGGAAGUGAAACGAUUACAUGAAUGUGGUGAACUGAAGAAGAUGAUCGGUGGGUUACCGUCGGUGGUUGGGUCAAGUGUGUGUAAUUUAUGUGAAGGGUUGAGAUUUAUUCUUUGUCCACAAUGCAAUGGUAGCCAUAAGAUCUACUCUGAAAAAACUGGGUUCCGAAGUUGUGCCGAUUGCAACACCAAUGGUCUGGUUAGGUGCCCGUCUUGUAAUCCCUCCGGUCACCGGCGAAUUAGCUAUCCUUUUUCGUAGCUUUAAAACUAUAUAUUAGAUUAAUAAAAACAAAAAGAGAGAAACGUAAUUUAUUUUCUUCUACUAAUUUUCGUUAGCGCAUUUGACUGUGGAAAAAAUGCAUGUAUAUUUUUCUCAAAAGUAGUAUAUUAUUAUUAGGGUUAAUGUCACGGUUGGUCCCUAAACUUUCACCUAAUGUGUAAUGUGGUACCUUAAAAAAACAAACUCAAUUUAAUACAUGCACUAUUUCAUCAUGUA